UUGAAUGGAACUUCAACCCUUAUAAGACAAGCACAACAGUGUCAUUUGUGCAGAGUGCGGUCUUAUGUUUACAUAUUUUUUAUCAUAAACAGAGAAUGUUCGGUGGUAAUGCCGAAGUUCCAAAAUUCCCAACCCAUGGCAGACAGCGUCCUCCGCUGCUGCAGAGGGACCUAUGGAUGCCGCACACCAGCGACGGCACUUACGCUCAUAGAGCCAGAAAUCCGAACACGGAUUACGCGGCGAAAAUGCUGUUAAACCGGCUGCGUGAGCAUGAGGAUCACAAGAAUUCCAUCGGCUCGGCAGACAAAUUGAACUACGUGGAAAUGAGCAACAUCCAAGCGCAGGAGAGGGCAGAGAAAAAUCGUUUCAAGAACCACAUCAAGGAGCGACUCAAUCAGAAGCUGGAACACUACGAAGCAAACGUCGAACGAAGACGAGAAGCAUUGCGAGUCCUUUUAGGUGAUGAGGAGCGAGAGCUAAUAAGGGAGACGGUGGAUUUGUCCCAAAAGGCAGAAGAUACAAAGUUAGAGGAAAUGAAGACACGCUGCGACAUGUUGAGGCAGGCCAACGAGAAGGAGAGAUUGGAAAUCGUUAAGAAGAAGCGCAUUCAGCAAUACGCCAAUCGCUGCAUGGAACUUCGUCCUGUCAUGAUACGAAAGCAUUUAGUGGAGUCCAAGCUCGGACAACUUCAGCAGAUGAAAGAUAACGAGGUCCGUAGGGAAACCGAAAGGGAAUUGGACAGGAUGUGGCAGGAUGUACAGAGAAGAGAAGAUUUAGCAAGAUUAGAGAAAGAAACUCAAGAUGCUUUAAUGAAACACGAACGCGACAGAAAAGAUCAAGAAAUUUUGCAAAUGCAAAUUGAAGGAAAAAGAUUGCUGGAAUUGGAGCGGAAAGCUGUAGAGCAAUCAGAUCGCGAAGAAAUGCUGCGACAGGCGGAACGUUUGAAGCGACAAGAGGACGAAGACAAUAAGCAGCGUCUGUUGAAACGGCAGAAGGAGUCAAAUGAUUUAAAAAAACAACUACAGAGUAAAAAGCAGUUUGAAGCGCUUAGAAAACAGGAAGAACAAGCGCUGGAAGAUGCAUUUAAAGCUUUGGCCGAUAUCGAAUUUGCAAAAGAAAAACAAAAGGCUGCCACUUCCUCUCUAGUAGCAAAAUUGGAAACUAGAGCUUACAGACAGCACCUAAUGGAACUGGCUAAACAACAAAAAGACGAUGAAAAGAAGUUCGAUGAAAUGGUUAUAGAAUAUCAGAAGAGCGUGAACGCCGUCGAAGAUAAAAAACAGUGUAAACUCAUUCAAGCUAAAAGGAAACUGGCUGAAGAGGUGCUGAAAGGUCGAUUCGAGCAAUUGACGUGGAAGCGAAAGGAAGCCGAAAAAGAGUUGGAAUUCAAAAAGAAAGAGAAUGAAGCAAUACGACAAGCAAUGGAUGUCAAUAAGAAAUUAGAUGUUGAAGCAGCGAGACUGGCCAAGAGAGCAGCCCAGGAGUACAGACAGGAUCUGCAGAAACAAAUUGAAUAUAAUAACUUGCUUAGAAAGAGAGAAAUGGAAGAUAUGAAGAAGAAGUUGCAGCAAGGUAUGGAAGAGGAAAACAAAUAUUUAACGAUGGUGGAUAGUUUCAUAAAUGGUACGGAAUACAGUGACCAACUUUCUAAGCAUCCAUUCAGGAGAGUCCUGGAACGUUAUGACUGCUACUGCAAGACAGAUGGUCCCAAAUGAAUUGCAUGUUUAAUAAACUUCUUUUGCGUGUCCUUUCAAAUUGAUUUUUUUUUCCUUUUUAUUCCACUUAAAAAG